UCUUGCAAAAAAUGCUAGAUUGGCUAGAAGAGUGGAAUGAUCCAGCAAAAUUUUCAAAAAUACUAACUAGUCAGACUUAUACUGCACUACAUAGUACAGUAUCUGGCUUAUUGGAAUUAGUAAGUUUCAAACCGACUCAUUGGAAAAUAGAUUUGGUAAGUAUCGGCAACUGGAAGGGGGUCAACAUAAUAUAUCAAUUCGUCAAUUAUAUGAAUCUGAAAAAGAGUUACGAACUCAAAGCCUGAUGCCAUUGAAGUCUC